CAAGGGAGCGAGGGGAGAUGCUCCGUUUUAAUCAAGACCCGGGAAGGGGGCUUUUUCCGUCGAAGCAUUCAAAAGCAAAUUGAAUACAAAUGCCUUCGAGAAGGGAAAUGUACGGUUGUCCGUUUGAAUCGCAAUCGUUGUCAGUAUUGCCGCUUCCGCAAGUGCAUAGCUGCGGGAAUGUCGAAAGACAGCGUUCGUUACGGCCGCAUUCCAUCACAAAUGCAACAAAAAACGCCCACACGCCCCUCUCCAUCCUCCUCUGCUUGCGCUGCCACCGCCCCCACCGUUGUAGUCCCUCCUGCAGCCACUGGUGUCUCAGACACACCCGUCUACCGGCAGCCGAAAGAGGGCAAAGAUGUUGCACUCUACAACAUCGUCGUUGCCGUCGGGAAAGCGCACUUCAGUCAUUGCCCGUACGUUGAGCAGCGCGUUAAGGCACUCAACACGAUGAAAGUUACACUUGUAAGUCGUGUUUGA